AUGCUCAAAGAAAAGGCACUGACGCUGGUGGUGGUGAACUUCGUCUUUUUCCCAAUUGCUGCCAUUUCAUUGGCUAUGCGAGUAUAUGUUCUAUUUGCUCUAACGAUUUCUAUGUCAACGGUUGCCGCUUAUCAUGGAGUUGGCGUUCAUCACUACGGUGCUACUGCCGCACAGAUGCGUGAUGGAGUGAUGUACUUCUCCUUCUGGCAGAUAUUCUUCAUCACGAGCACGGUUCCAAUAAAAGCGUCUAUCUGCAUCUCGCUUCUACGCAUCACGACCAACAAAGUGAACAGAAUAAUCCUGUGGACACUUAUAGUACUGUCGUCUAUCGCAGCACUUAUUUCCAACGUUGUAGUAUGGUCGACUUGCCGCCCUAUGGCAUUUACCUGGGACAAGACAAUCAAGGGGGGGAAAUGCAGUUCCAUCGAUAUAAUCCUCGCUCUUAGCUAUCUAGUAUCGGGAUCGAACAUCAUUACGGACUGGACCUGCGCGAUACUGCCGGCAUUUAUCCUCUAUGACAUUCAAAUGCGCACGAAGCUUAAGAUUUCCAUCUGCCUGGUUUUGGGUAUGGGUGCUGUGGCGAGUACCGCGACUUUGAUACGCUUGAAAUUCAUUCCUAACUACAAAAAUGCAAACGACUACCUUUAUGGAUUGGCAGAUAUUGCGAUCUGGUCAGUAGUUGAGAUUGGACUUGGUAUCAUCGCCGGAUCGAUUGCCACGCUGAAGCCACUCUUCAACAAGAUCUUUGGUAGCUCGAAGGACCCCUCCCCGUACACGAACGACCACACUCCAAGGCCAUUUCCCGGAAGUUACCGACUACGCGACGUUUCGAAAGGCGGACUGGAAACGACAGUAAGGGGAGGAGAGCGUAGCGAUAUUAGUGAUGAGGAUACGGCGAGCCAAAGAAGGAUGCUACGGAGCGUUGCGAUUGAGGGGCACCAUCCGGAGGGACAUAGUCCGCCAAGGCAAAAUCUGGAAGGCAUCAAAGUUACCUACGACAUCAGCGUGAGCAACGAUCGGGACGACAAGAAGGAGAGGAAGGUGGAAGAGAUGAUAUAA